UCGGACACUAACGUGUUUAUUUGCACCAUGGCGAAGGAACUGGGAACAAUUGUUGUGCCCCCAAAGCAGGCCAACACAGACUAUCCGCUUAUUGAUUCUGACCCGCAUAUUAGACGUGUUUUCGGAUACGCCAGGCCCUCGGACUAUGCGAUCGCUGGCGGACUGGGGGCAGCUUCCCCGCUCGCCUUUUGGAUGAUGGAGAGAGUCAGUCCCUCCCAUGUUGGCAAAGGAGGCUAUGCGCCUGUGAUGCGACUGGCGACUGCCAUUGGACUGCUUGGCGGUCUUCAUAUUCUCUACCAGCGCUCCUGUAACCGGUUUUACGGCUUCACGGAGAACUCUAGAGAGGUAGACAUGGAUAUGCGUGAAAUGGUUGAUAAGGUCAAGAAGGGGGAGCCUUUGUACGGUACCUCGCAGAUGUCUUCCUACCUUCAAGGUGUGGCUGCGAGAAACUCUCGGUAUUCACAACUCUUCAUUCACGUGCUACCGUGGUUUAAUCCUGUCAACCAUGAUCAGCACGGUGUGGAUACGGCAAAGUAUUAUCAGCAAGCUGAGAGAGAGCUUGAAGGCGAGCGUCUAGGCAAAGCGAGCACCCUGUAAUAGUGCGACAGACAUUAGAAAUCACCGAGUCAUGCGAAUUGUCAGUGACAUUUCAAGGAAUCCAACAUUUCCAAACACCUCUUCUUCCAGGCGUCCUUGUUUUUCUACAUUGUGAACACUUCAAUUCAUUUACUAAAACGCGUUAUUGUCUAAAUCACUCCAUGCUCCCCUAAUAAAUUUAAAACGAACCAGUCUUACAACAACGCCAACUCAAUGUAACUACCUUAGACGCUUUCCUCUGCCCUCUGGGCCUAAACUUCUAUGUGCGUUUUCAGCUCCCUAUUCUUUUUGGGUCGAGGAUUUGGCGCUUUAUCAUUCUCUUGAAUAUAAAAGCGUCGUAGUAGCAUGAUGGCCUCUUUCUGAUAUAAUCCCUCUUGGACAGGAUACGGAGGAUCAAGGGCGGG